CACGAAAACCACCUUAAAGUCUAGCCUCUCGCUGUCCAGCAAAAGAUCUAUCGACGCUGCCACCACCACCCCCUAACUCUUCAUAUAGUUAUUCAACUCUCUUAAUUCCACCUGUAUCUCCUUCAGUACAAUCUCGAUCGAUCAAAAUGAUUCAAAAAUUAAGCACCUUCUUAUCUGAUGCAUGGUCAUGGUGGUGGCAAAGCAACAACAGUCACGAUGAGCUUGCCCGUGUAGUCCUCACGGGCCUGCUCAUCGUACUUGCCGUGUUAUGGUAUUAUUAUUGGAUCCCGUCUCUUUUUAAAUCUAAAAAUGAAACCCCGCCAUUGCCACCAGGGCCAUUGUCCCUGCCACUCCUCGGAAACCUCCCAUUUCUUGAUCCCGACCUACAUACCUACUUUGCCAGCCUGGCUCGCUCCUAUGGCUCCAUCCUCACACUAUGGCUCGGUAGAAAGGUUGCCAUUGUGGUCAGCUCGCCUGCCAUGGCACGUCAGGUGUUGAAAGACCAGGAUGCCACCUUUGCCAACCGCGAUGUCACGGUGGCUGCCAAGGCCGCCAUGUGCGGUGGCUCUGACGUUGUUUGGACUCAGUAUGGGCCAGAGUGGCGCAUGCUGAGGAAGGUGUGUGUCCGUGGGAUGCUAAGCAAUGCCAUUCUUGACUCUGUCUAUGCGCUACGAAGGAGGGAGAUCCGGCAAGCAAUCGUGUACUUCUACAGUCGGGUCGGGUCACCGGUCAACUUCGGUGAGCAGAUGUUUCUCACAUCGCUCAACGUCAUUACAAGCAUGUUAUGGGGUGGCACCGUGAAGGGAGAGGAGAGGGCCAGCCUCGGGGCGGAGUUCAAGCAAGUGGCGGCGGAGAUUACGUGUCUGAUGGGGAAGCCCAACUUGUCCGAUUUUUAUCCGGGUUUGGCCCGGUUUGACUUGCAGGGGAUUGAGAAGCAAAUGAAUGGAUUGGUAGUGCGGUUUGAUCGGAUGUUCGAUAUCAUGAUUGAUCAACGCCUAAAAAUGGACGGACAAGGUGGGACCAAAGACUUCUUGCAGUUCUUGUUGCAGCUGAAAGACGAAGGAGAUGCCAAAACGCCUCUCACCAUGACUCAUCUCAAAGCCUUACUAAUGGAUAUGGUGUUGGGUGGGACAGACACAGUGUCCAUCACAGUUGAGUUUGCCACGGCUGAAAUGAUGAACAAACCACAAGUAAUGCAAAAAGUCCAGCAAGAACUGGACUCAGUAGUUGGCAAAAAUAACAUAGUGGAAGAGUCUCAUAUUCGCAAACUACCAUACUUAUAUGCAGUGAUGAAAGAGACUAUGCGCUUGCACCCAGCCCUCCCACUCUUGGUGCCUCACUGCCCCAUUCAGACUUGUGUAGUUGGAGGUUACACAAUUCCUAAAGGUGCUCGUGUUUUCGUCAACGUGUGGGCGAUACAUAGGGACCCUUUGAUUUGGGAAAACCCAUUGGAGUUUGAUCCAGAGAGGUUUUUGAAUGGCAAGUGUGAUUACAGUGGAAAUGAGUUCAAUUAUUUACCGUUUGGGGCUGGCCGAAGAGUUUGUGCAGGGACUGAAAUGGCUGAAAGAAUGUUCUUGUUUUCACUUGCUUCAAUUUUACACUCUUUUGACUGGAAACUGCCUCAAGGGGAGAAAUUAGACCUGUCCGAGAAAUUUGGGAUUGUGUUGAAGAAGAAGAUACCUCUUGUUGCAAUCCCAACGCCAAGGUUAUCCGAUCCAUCACUCUAUGAGUAAUUUAAGUUAACAUGGAAGAAAUUAAUCUUGUGAAACCGAAGAGAGUUGUGUUACAUUCUAUAUUUCAAGUGCCAAUUCAAUAUAGUGAUCUAUGCAUUUUGUUGCAGUAUGUAUUAUGUAUCUUCUAGUUGCUAGCUGAGGACUCAGAAGUUCAAUCUUAUACUCAUUAUAUUGUGACUCCUUUGUUGAAAUCCUUUUCGAUCACAUAUAUAAUAAUAUGUCUUUGGAGUAUGAAUUUUCUUA